AGUUUUGGCUCGACCUCACAUGUCUGCAGCAUUUUGUACUGCACACCUGCCUGUGCAAUGGACACUGCUCAGACGGUGCUGGUGGAUGCAGCACGCGCUGCUACGCCUUCCAAUGGCAUCACUCCGUGGACGACGAGCCCGGAGGGCGUCUGGGCACGGGUUGGCGUGGGCUGGCGAGAGUCGCAGAGCAGCGCGCCCGCUGCUGUGGAGCCCAAUGCCGUGGAGCAAGUCGAGGCGAUGGAGGCUGUGGAGGUGGAGUUUGGGCUUGGGUUCAAUCAGCUUUGUUGUGGGGCUCGGUGGCCAGUAACAAAAAAACACAAUAGCGCAUCAGCCGAGGACAAGCGCAACAUCAAAGGCGCUUGCUUCUCAAGUGAAUGCAUGGGGUGCUGGGGGUUGCCCUUAGCCAUAUAAGUGAGA